AUGAUCCGCUCAACGCACGACGGAAACCGCUAUGAACUCACGAAUCCCACCGCAAUGCCAAAAGCCGGCGGCUUCCUCUGGAACCAGAAGAUGAUGAUCCAGGUCACCUGUCGCGGCUAUGCAACCGCCCAGUUUAUGCAGCCCGAACCAGCAAAAUACGUCCACGCACCGAAUCUCGAAGCCAAAACCUUCAUGCAGCCGGAACAAAACUACUACGCGCAUCACCCUGGACGAUUUGUCUACAUCAAAGAUGAAGAGUCAGGACAGACCUGGUCGGCGCCUCAUGAGCCCGUUAGAGCGAAGCCGGAUCGUUUUGUGUUCUCAGUGGGGAAGAGUGAUAUCCAAUGGAUUGUGGAGAAGGAUGGAGUGAGAGUUGAGAUGAGCCUACUUUUGCCUACACAAGACGUUGCUGAGUUAUGGUGCGUAAAAGUUACCAACAUCUCGAACCGGAGCCGGAAGAUCAGCGUAUAUCCUUACUUUCCCUUCGGCUAUAUGUCCUGGAUGAAUCAGGAGGCGGAGUGGAAUCCGACAGUAGGUGGCAUUGUGGCGAGCAGUAAGACGCCAUAUCAGAAAGCAGAAGACUAUCCGAAAACGAAGUACUUGAAGGACAUGACGUUUUUCCUUUGUGAACAGAAGCCGGUAGCCUGGGAAGCUAGGCAGGAGGCGUUUGAGGGCGAGGGGGGUUUGCAUGCCCCGGAGGCAUUGGCAGUGGAACACUUGAGCAAAAGCGAUGCGAGAUAUGAGACGCCUACAGCUGUUGUGCAGUACCAAGUUCAACUUGAGUCGAAUGGAUCUGAAGAGUAUCGGUUCUUGUUGGGUCCAGCGUAUGAUGACGGAGAAGUCCUCGCUAUGCGAAGAAAGUAUCUCAGCAAAGGCGGCUUCGCACAGGCCCGAGAAGAGUACGAGUCGUAUACGACAGCCGGCAGUGGAUGUCUAAAGAUCGAAUCACCGGAUAAAGACCUCGACAACUUUGUCAACAACUGGCUACCACGACAAGUCUACUACCACGGCGAUGUCAACCGACUCACCACUGACCCCCAAACUCGGAAUUACCUGCAGGACAAUAUGGGUAUGAGCUUCAUUAAACCAGAGGUCUGUCGCAACGCAAUUCUCACUGCGGUCGGCCAACAAGAAGAAAGCGGCGCAAUGCCUGAUGGAAUUUUGCUGACCGAAGAUGCGGAACUGAAAUACAUCAAUCAGGUUCCGCAUACCGAUCACUGCGUAUGGUUACCGAUCGCGCUGGAAAUCUACCUUAGCGAAACAGGGGACUACGCACUACUCGAUAAGCAAGUGAAGAGCAUGCACGGAGACAUGUGCACCGUCUUCGAGCGCUUCAGUCGUGCAAUGGACUGGUUGCUUUCCUCCAGUGCGAGAGACGCACGGGGUCUGAGCUACAUUGCACAGGGCGACUGGUGCGAUCCCAUGAACAUGGUUGGGCCAAAGGGUGUUGGCGUGUCAGGCUGGCUGACAGUGGCUACCGCCUACGCAGUGAACUUGUGGGCUGACGUUUGCGCUCAAGUCGACAGACCGGACAUCGCAGCCAAGUAUCGCUCCGGCGCAAGAGAGGUCAAUGAAAUAGCGAACAAGCACCUGUGGGACGGCGACUGGUUUUCUCGAGGCAUCACGGACGAUGGAGUGACAUUUGGCAUUAAAGAUGAUAAAGAAGGUCGCAUUUGGCUCAAUCCGCAGGCAUGGAGCAUUCUCGGCGGCGCAGCCUCAUCAGACAAGAUUUUAAAGAUCUUGCCACAGAUCGACAGCCAGCUCACAACACCAUACGGCGUACUCAUGUUCGCGCCUCCGUUCACAGCGAUGCGCGAGGACGUCGGCCGCGUUACGCAAAAGUACCCUGGACAAGGCGAGAACGGAAGUGUGUAUAACCACGCCGCAGCUUUCUACGCUUGGUCACUAUACACCAUCGACGAAGCGGACCGUGCGUAUUCGUGCCUUCGUGCGAUGAUUGCGGGGCCCACGGAAGACGACCUACUGGCGCGGGGUCAGUUGCCAGUAUUUAUACCAAACUACUACCGCGGCGGCUGGGGUACUAAGAAUCUUGAGCGUACGGCUGGACGCAGCUCGCAGCUGUUCAACACGGGAACGGUAAGCUGGGCCUAUAGAUGCAUCAUUGAGGGGUUAUGCGGGUUGAGAGGUGUUAAGGAGGGCUUGAAGAUCGAUCCGAAGCUGCCAAAGGGAUGGGAUGGCAUCAAGGCAACGCGGCUGUUUCGGGGGGCGGCGUUCGAGGUACAGAUAAAACGCACCAAGCGUGAAGGCGUGAAGGUAUUUUUGGAUGAGAAGGAAUUGGACGGAGUAGUCGUGAAAGAUGUGGAAGCUGGCAAGACGUAUAGACUUGACGUGCAGAUUCCGUAA